AUGCCCCCCUCAUCACCCACUCUCCCUCCCCUCCGCUCUCACAACCUCUCCUACCACAUCCCCUUGCUCCUCGGCCCUCUCGCCACGGAAUCCCGCCAUUCACUCCUCUCCUGGUUCGACAGCGUCAGCACCACCCGCCGCAUGCCCUGGCGCAAACCCUGGAUCGACCCAUCCUCCCCCCUCUACUCCUCCGACCCGUCAGCCCUACGCUCCGCCCUCGAGCGCCGCGCCUACGAAGUGUGGAUCAGCGAGAUCAUGCUCCAGCAAACCCGCGUCGCCGUCGUCAUCGACUACUGGACCCGCUGGAUGGCCCGCUGGCCCACCAUCCACGACCUCGCCGUCGCCACGCCCGACGACGUCCUGAGCGCCUGGCGCGGCUUGGGCUACUACAGCCGCGCCACCCGCAUCCACCACGCCGCGCGCCUGGUCGUCGCCGACCCGGCCAUGCGAGGGCUCCUGCCGCGCGACGUGGCCGAGCUCGAGAGGAAGCUCCCCGGCGUAGGGCGCUACACGGCCGGCGCCCUCGCUGCCAUCGUCUUCGGCCUGCCGGCGCCCAUGGUCGACGGGAAUGUUUUGCGCGUGCUGAGCCGUCAGCUGGGGCUUUUCGUCAAUGUCAAGACGGACAGGGCCGCCGUCGACCUGCUUUGGGCCGCUGCCGAUGCGUUGGUUCAUGCCGUGGCCACAUGCACGGACACAGACGGUCCCCGCGACGCGAGCCCGGCUCGUGCCGACGAGGAGGCGGUCUGUCUGCCGAAUGACCGCCCGGGCCGCUGGGGUCAGGCCUUGAUGGAACUCGGCAGUACGGUCUGUACGCCGAAACCGAACUGCUCGCAGUGUCCCGUCACGUCGACCUGUCGUGCUUACGCCGAAGGACGAGCGCUGGCUUCCAAACCCGAAGGCGAGGCCGGGACCAAGACCGGCCACUCGCCCGAUAUCGAGGAUGCUAUAUGUACCCUAUGCCACCCCUUCGAAGAAGCAUCGGUGGAGGACACCACCGGCGACGCGGAGGUCGUCAUCGGGACGAAGGAGGGUUCGAAAAAGCCCAAGUUAAAAGUCAAGAAACAGUCCACAUUGUCCGUUUUCUUCCAACAAAAGCCCACGGGCAUCCCCACGAAAGCAGGCGGCGAAAUAGAAGUCAUCGUAGACCAUUGUCGGAAAUUUCCCGUCAAAGGCGUCAAGAAGGCCGUCCGGGAGCAGGAGACGGUGGUAUGCGCCAUUCGCCGAAGCGACGACGGCAGCUACCUCAUCACCCGGCGGCCCGAUAAAGGCUUGCUUGCCGGACUGUGGGAGCUUCCCAGCCGCACCCUGGUCGACGCACGCGGGGUGGACGAAAAAGCAUCGUCGUCCAAAACGGCGCGUUCGAAGCUGGCCAAGUCCCAUGUAAUGGAGAUGCUCGCCCGAAAGGAUGCGUCGGGAGGGCAAAAAAAUAAGCUCAAGAACAUCAACAUCACCCAUGAGGGAGAGCUCGGAAGCGUUCCGUGGCUCUUCUCUCACCUAAAGCUCACCAUGCACGUCCACCUUUUCGUGUUAGACAGCGGCUGGUCGGAUGCGGAUGCGGAUGCGGAUGCAGAUGCAGGGGUCCUCUGUACCCCGACUGCAAUGCAACGCUGGGCCUCCUCCGGUGGGGAGAUGGACGGCGAGUCCAUGGGCACGGGGAUGCGGAGAUGCUGGGCCAUGGUUCGGGAUUGGGAGCAGGAGACUUUUGGUUGA